AUGGCCCAUAUUUCCAGUCUUCAUAAUGCUAAUGAUCGUGUCUUAAAGCGGUCUUUCACGGCAGUCACCAUAUCACCUUCGCCCGAACGAUUAGCGGUUUCGAGUACGGCAGGAUCACAGUCGAGGAAGUUGCGGCAGCGCGCCGACGGGAUUUCGGCGCAGGCUCCUGGAUCUAGAGGACGCACUCCCUAUUCCUCAAAGAUGCCAUCAACAGCGGGGCCUAGAAUGUAUGAGAAUCAUAUACCUUCAUUUAUGUCCAUAUAUGGUAUGGACUCGGCUGUAACUGAGAACGGCGAUGCGACUAUUGGAACAAAGUUACCAGGAACAGCGUUCCGGCCGCAAGAACAGCGACGCCCUCGACCUGAACAGCAGCCAGAGCGGCAAAAUUUGGAACAAAAUGGCACCGACCCUGCACAAAUACACGGUCAUCAAUACCGUGAGAGCACAUCUACAACCUCGGACUCGACCGACUCAUCACCCACAACCACGAUAUCUACUGUGGACUCAUCUUCAUUAUCAGACCCUUCACCUAGUUCUUCUCCCGAAUCUCCUAUUACCUUGGUGCCACUCUCCUCCUUUGGGGGAACAACUUUCGGUCUAGACGCAUUUCAAAGUUUAAAAAUGGCGGACAAUAACCCGAGCCGAUUACCUCUGAGCGACGAGCGGCCCAUGACCUCGCCAUCACCCCGAAAGUUUAAGAACCCAAAGAGCCUUGCUCUCAAUCUGAAUCCAUCCUCACAGCCAUUCCAGGCCUCGGAGCCUUCAUCACCCUCAUUCAUCAAACCCCCAGCUUUGAAGCCAAGGAAGAAACCUAGCAUCCUCAGUCUUAAUACCGGAGCGGCUAACUCACUUUGUUUACCGGGGGAGUCUCUAGCAUCUCCUAGGCUGCCAUCAAUGUUGCAAAGGAGAAGUUUGAAGCAUUCCAUCUCAUCACCUCAGAUGCUAUCGACACCAAGUUUCGGCCCGAGCGGCGGUAUGACUUUAGGAGCCCCCAAGGCCUGCUGUCCUCCACGCUUCAAAGAAUCUAACCUUGCUGCAAAUACGUUCACCAUCAGCGAGGAUGCCGACUUAGAAGCUCCUGCUGGUGUGCAAAUGGCAACUAGGAUACCCGGGGUAACAGUUGGUGGAGAUAGUUUCGAUCGACCUCACACUGGCGAGGAUGCAAAAUCGCCAUCUUAUCCAGAUGGGCCGAUAUUGAUGUACGAACCUAGCGUUCAUCUAUACCUGGAGCCGAAGGCUGAGGAGGCGAUGAAGUUUGAUGUUAUUAUCAAUGUUGCUCGGGAAGUCAAAAACCCUUUGAAAGCGGCAGAUGAGAAGGCGAAGGAGAGAGCAUCACCUACAGACAGUAUAAUCCCGGAAGUCAGCUCACCAUCUGGUGAUAUUGCUCCCGACACCGCAGCCACGAUGCUUUCUUUCAGAACCGCUUUUGAGGUACAGCCGCCCGGUUCGACGGAAUCAUCACCAACGACGCCAAAGCCAUCUACUGAGACUCGAAUGCCGGAGUACAUCCACGUGCCUUGGGACCAUAAUACCGACGUUAAGGAUGAAUUGUGGGAUUUGUGUGAAACGAUUGACUCCAGGGUAAAGGAAGGAAAGAGGGUGCUAGUUCACUGUCAACAAGGCGCUAGUCGGUCUGCCACCCUUAUCAUUGCGUACGGGAUGUACAUCAAUCCGGAGCUUGGAGCGACCGAGGCAUAUGCCCAAGCGCAGGCUAAAUCUCGCUGGGUUAACCCCAAUAUGUCCCUUCUGUUCUCGCUGAACGACUUCAAAAAGAUUAUCGACCAGAAGAAGAAUGACAAGAUCAGCAUGCCCCGCAAACCAACAGUCAGGCAUCGACCGACGUUAUCGGCAGAUACAAUCGAAUCGCCAAUAACCCCGUCCCGUGCGCGAGGCAACUCCACACCAGGUACCGCAGCUCGAGAUAAAACUAGAUCGAUGAUUGAAACGGGCAAGGAUGCUCCUAAUAGUGACCCGGCAGCUUCCCGAUUCGCUGACUUUGAUUUCGGGUUCGGCGAAAAGACUCUCUCUUUCAGACCGUCUCAGUCUGUACCUCCUGCUAAGCCUAGCCAAGAGAGUGAUUGGGAAACAUUAAUGUCUCCUCGAGUGACAGAAAUGACGCAGAAUCCGCUUGAGGGAUUCUCUCGUGGUCUCGGCACUGGUUCUGCAAUGCCACCACCUUCGGAGCUCUUCUCGCCUGUGGCUUUCGAAUUUCCCCGAUCAUCCUUCUUCCCUCCACCAGCCCAGCGGAUGUCCCUUGCGGUUGACGAGGAUCCUCGGAGCCCACCGACGAAGGGCGAGGCCCCUAUCACGCGAUCGAUCGAUGAUUUUCUCUGA